AUUCUCCCGUCCCUGUGCUUCCGUCGAUCUUGCUCUUGCCUCUUGAUCGCUCCCCUUCUUCCUCUCUUUGCCUCUCUUGCUCCCGGUAACGGAUCUCGGCGAUCUUUUUGGGGGAAAACGGAUGGCGAUGCAGGGGGUGAGUUGCUGGCCUCUGGCAGGCGGCGAGGUGGUGGCGGUGGCAGCUACGGCGGCGGCGACGUCAGCGGCGGCGGCGGCAGGGGCUGGGGGGAAGAAGAGUGGGGCGGCGCUGUCGAUCGAUGGGGCUGAGCCGCCGGAGGAGCGGAUCGAGCGGCUGAUACUGGAGAACCCGGUGUUGAUCUUCAGCCGCCAGGGGUGCUGCAUGUGCCACGUCAUGAAGCACCUCCUCGCCACGGUCGGGGUCCACCCUACGGUGAUCGAAUUGGAGGAGGCGGAGGAGACGGCGGCGGCGGCCUCCGCGGCCGCCGUGGGCCUGCCGGCGCUCUUCAUCGGCGGCUCUCCGGUCGGAGGCCUGAAGGGCCUGAUAGGGCUCCACCUCAGCGGCCUCCUCGUCCCCAGGCUCCGGGAGGUGGGAGCUCUCUGGGGCUAGAAGUGGUAAAUUCCCACGACCUCUCGAGAAUAAAAUUGUAAUUUCUCAGCACGUCUGUGGAUCUGUAACUCUUUUCUUUUUUUAAAAAAAGCCGGGUUGGAAAGAUCGAGUCGGAGGUUGGGGAAGUCCCCGUUGGCGUUUGUAAAUAAACCAUAUCAGGGAAGGGUGGAAGGGUAAAAAGGGAAAACAAAGGGGUCGUCAAAAAAAAAAAAGAGUAAGUAGUAAAAAAAGAAGUACUUUAAUGUCUGGCUGCAAUUAUUACCAGUUUUUUACGGUUUUGCUCUUUUUGUUUUUA